AAUCAUAAUUAUGAUAAAUAUAAGUUAAUUGUGAUAUAUCUUAUUAGUUUGAUAUUUAAUCUAGAAUUUAUUUAAAAAAGAAGAAAUUAUAUAAAAAUUCUUAUAACAAUCUAUUUUCCAUUAAUAUAUCAUGAAUACACCGAUAGUUAAAUUAUCGGAUAAAGAUUUGGAAUCAGUUUAUGAACCAUCAGAGGAUUCUUUCCUCUUGAUAGAUGCCUUAGAAGCUGAUUUAGAGGUCCUAAAAGUUACAAAACCUGUGAUGUGUUUAGAGAUAGGUAGUGGAUCUGGUAUUAUAAUUACAGCAUUGGCAAUGGCAUUGAAAAUAUACUGCCAAUCCUACUAUCUUGCAAUUGACAUUAAUAUUAAUGCGUGUAAAGUUACAAAAAAGACUGCUGUGCAAAAUUUGGUAGAGGUAGAUACUGUACAAAUGGAUUUAUUAAGUUUCUUACGUAGUGAUUGUGUUUUCGAUAUCAUAUUAUUUAAUCCACCAUAUGUGGUGACCAGUGAUGAUGAAAUUUUGAAUAGGCAGAUAUUGUUUAAGUCUUGGGCAGGUGGUAAAAAUGGUAGAAAGGUUAUGGAGCGAGUAUUUCCUAAAAUUCCCGAUAUUCUAUCGGAUACAGGGAUAUUUUAUCUAUUGGUUAUUAAAGAAAAUGACCCUGAAUACAUUUUACGUACAUUUAUGGAUUUAAACAUGUCAGGCAAAAUAAUAUUAGAAAGAAAAAUAAGGGGAGAACAUUUGUAUAUAUUACGUUUUAAAAAAAUAAAGUAAAAUAUCUUCGUCA